AUGGCCACCAGCACAGAGUACGCGCUGCUGCCAGACCCCGAGGCCCCCGCAGCCGGCCCCUUGAGCGGAAUCCCCACUUGCUCCCAAGUCGACAGCACACACCCACCCAGUCGACUCCUCCUCCCCCCACCCAAACGUCUCCGCAUUCCUGUCCCCGUGGACCGGACUAUGAUCGACGGCCAGUACGCCCAGCAAGGCGCAUUUGACACCCGUGACGCCCGCGACAGACGCGACGAGUACCCCACCCCAUCCUACCACCAGCCCGCCCCGUCGAGCCCCCCCACCUCGGCAUCCCCCUUUGCCUUUGCCCCCCCUCCCCUCUCCUCCGUCCCGGCUUCCUCGCGCAACCCCGUGCCCAUGCACUCCGACCAGGCCCCCUCCCAGCAAGAGUACAGCUACUACAGCCGUGCAGGACAGCCCCCUCAGCAAGCUCCCAACGGCGGCUCAUACCCUACCUACUCGGGAAGCCACCCCAUGGGCUAUCGCUCAGUCUCCGGAGAGGCCACUCGCGCACCUCCCCCAGCUCCCCUCCCGCGCGCUCCUUCUUCCUUCUCCGUCAUGUCCCAGGUCAACGGCGGCGGCGUCGGCUCCCAGCCGUCCCCCACGUCCACCAGCCCAUACUACCCCCCGCCUCGCGCAGGCCAGCCGUACGCGUCCGCCCAGCACUCGCCCCGCGGCGCCAACGUCUACCCCCAGCAGGGCUACUACUCGGCCUCGCCAUACGGCAACCCCCAGGCAGUCGAGAUGCCCCGCUCGCUGUCCUACCCAAACUCGUACGGCGCGCCGUACGCAAACUACUUGCCCUCCAUCUCGGCGCCCACGCUGGUGCCUGGUGGACACCCAGGCGAGCUCCCAUCGCUCGUGCGCCACCAAUCGACAAACUCGAUCAACGGAAUGACCUCGGCACCUGCCAUGGGCUACUCGUUUGCCAACCGUCUCCCCCUCGUGGACCGCCCCUUCAAGUGCGACCAGUGUGUCCAGUCGUUCAACCGCAACCACGACCUCAAGCGCCACAAGCGUAUCCACCUCAGCGUCAAGCCCUAUGGCUGUGAAAAGUGUGGCAAGACAUUCUCCCGCAAGGACGCGCUCCGCCGGCACUGGAUGGUUCGUGGCUGUCGUGGCGAGGAAGGCGCGACGGCCCCCAUCACCCCCACCUACCCGCUCAACGGGCCCCCUCCACCCGCCCUCUCCCCUCCUACUCCUCCCAACGGCGGCGGCAACAACGAAAACUCGGCAUCGUCCAACGGCAGCUACGGCGGCUCCAACAACAACACCAUUGGCUUUUCCCACCCUUCGGCCCCUCCCCCGCUCACCUCCUUGCCCCCGCGCCAGAGCUCGGACCAGCCAAGUCAGAUCAUCCUGACCCCCAGCGAGGCCGCCGCUCAGCGCGGCUCCAACGGCGAGGGCAGCGACAACCUCGACUCGGGCAUCACCAUUGACCCCGCGCUCUCGGGCAUGGAUUCGGCAGGCCCCCUGUCGUCGGCUCGCACCUCCAACGUCACAGAGACCACCGAGGGCAGCUACUUUGACGUGAUGCGCAAAGAGUCCAACGGUGUGCCCGACUCGGCCACGUCGUCGACCUUUUCCCGCUACGCUACCUCCCCCAAGGACGACAUGAGGCACCACCCGUACCGUCGCUCGCCCCUCCCUUCGCCCAACACCCACGGUAUCGGCCCAGACGGAAAGCCCAUGUUUGCCAUGCCCUUUUCGCACCACAACAAUGGCCUGCUCGCACCCAUUGACAGCGGCGAGGACAUGAGCAAGGAGGGCAGCGCAGACUCGGUGGAUCCCGCAGCCGGCUGGAACAGGUGGCACCGCCCGUCGUACCCGUUUGCGGGACACUGA